CGAAACUAUUCUGCCCCUUCGUGCUGUUUCUCGUGUUAAGAAACUGUAAAUGCAGACUUUCUAUGCGUUUAUAAUAGGCCUAUCCAUAAUUUCACAUUGUAACGUCUGGUAUAAGUAUCUUGAAUGGUAGGUACUAGAUGUCCCUUUGAAAUUGAGAAGCGCUCGUGCGGUAUGUAAAAAAACAAAAAACAGUUUUUUGGGGAUGGUAAAAUACAUAGAAUUUUGAGAAAUAUAGCCAACUAGUUGAAAUACUUUUGUUGUAUUUUGAUAGAACGUAACUGUUUAUCACUAGACUGUUUGAAGUGUAGUCAACUUCUGACCCCGGUAGCACGCCCGCAGACGUCAAGAUCUCUCUGCCAUUCAAAAGUGACUGAAACCGCCUUCAGGCCAGGUGGUAAAUCUGUGUUUUAUCCCGCGAACUUUCAGGUGCUGACUGCCACUUUGCGAUCAUCGCCCACCCGGCUAUUCUGCCAGGCUGUGUUGCAUCAGUAUCCAACACAGAGACGCAUCCUCCUAUCUGCUGCGUAACAGGCGGCCCUGGUCCCCCCUCAACCUGCCCCCUGCGCUAUGAGCAGAGGACGAGGAGGGCCCCCCAUAGAGCAUUACCACCGACCCCCUCUUCCCCAACUGCAGGCUAAGCAACAAUACUACAGAGCUGGACCCCUGGGAUUUCACCCCAGAGCCCCCCCGCAACAGGCCCCACACCCAAACGUCCAUUCAUACCUAGGCCCAGUCCCCCCUCUAGUACCACCCAGUGCCCACUCUCAGCCUCUCUACCCCUCCYCCCCUCCCCCACCCYGUCACAGCCCAGCCCUGAGUCAGCAGAGCUCUUGUCCCAGUGGUCCUAACUCCUUCAGGCAGCAGCAGGUCCACUUCCUGAGGGGACAGAACACUGAGGCUCCCCAGUUUAGGGUGAGCCCCAGAGGGGCGCAGAGCUUGGGUCGAGGGGGACCGAACGGACUCUAUAACGAAUCAAACCAGGCCCAGGCAGGGUACAGCAGAUACUCCCAAAACAGCUCUAGGGGGAGAGGGGGAUACAGCAGCGAGCGAGGCAGAGGGAACGGUAGGGACUUCGGGUACCCACCCAGUCAAGGACCCCCUAGAGGACCAACCGGCCCUAGAUUCUGGAACCAGAAGCAGACUUCAACCCAAAAGCAAGGCUUCAACAGACAGUGGAGCCUUCAUGCAGACUGUGCUGACGGGCCGUCUUUCUCAGAAGGCUUUCAGAGUUUAUCCUUAGACAGAGAGAGGUCCUACAGAGGAAGAGUUGACAGAGGCYWCAGCUUUGACAAAGCUUCUGUCUGUAGUAGUAAUAAUUCAAACAACAAGAGUGCCCCUACGUUUCAGCCACCCGACAUCCGAGAGCAAGUUUUGCAAGCCUUGGCAGAUUUGAGCCCCGGUGAGAAGCUACAAGCAAAGUGUUUGGCCAAAACGCUGCGGUMSCCCAAAAAGUUUAUCAACCAGGCCCUUUACGGUCUCGAGCGUGAUAAGAAAGCUUCAAAACACGGUGAYAGUCCUCCAGAGUGGACUGUCUACGUAGAACCACAGGAAGAACCGGAAAGUAGAGAUUCUGAUCCGGAAAGCCCACGUUCCCAACCGAGGGAACAUUCUGUGGAGUCACAGGAAAGGCCUUCAGAAGAAGAUUGCUCUCACUUCCUGUCUGUGAAGGAGGAGGACGUUGUCAUCGAGGCUGAGAUCCAGCAAAUUGAAGCGCAGGGUCCUGAGGGCAACAAAGAAGAAGAUUACUACGUAGAAUCAGAUUCACACUCCUCUUCCUCAGAAUCAUCUGAGUCAUAUCGGCAACAUUCCCAGUCCCAAACCCAACAGCCCAGUAUCAACAGCAGCAGUAACGAAGCGCUUGACCUAGACCUUGACGAGAGUGACAUGGCGGACUGCGGCAGUAAUCAGAAGGAGUUGAUCCUGCAGUAUCUGCUGGAGGCAGGGGAGGCCACGGCCCUGGUGAUCUCCAAGAACCUGGGCCUGAGGGGCGCCAAGCAGGUCAACCCCACCCUGUACGCCAUGGAGAAGCAGGGCGACGUGAGCCGCAACGCAGAGGUGACCCCUCACAUCUGGGAGCUAUCUGUCCAUCGCAGGGAGAGGAUGGAGAGGAGCCUUAAGGCCGAGCGCAGCGCCCCUGCAAAGGUCGAAGGAAUGGGGUCCGGAUUCCAGGCGGUGCCACCCGGAUUGGAUUGUCUAGAGGCCAACGCUGAGGCGGAGGAUGAGUCGAACGGAGGGCAGUGGGCGACCGACGAUAUCCCCGAAUUCCUCAACGCCAUCAGCCGGGAUGGAGGGGGGACAGUAGCAGUCUCCCUGGCAGCGCCCCCACCUCAGAACCUCCGUGCCAAACUCCAGGAGGUGAGGGCCAAGAACCCRGUCAGCGGCCUGAUGGAGUUUGCCCAGUACCAGGGACACAAUUGCGAGUUCCUGCUCCUCGACCAAUCAGGGCCCUCACAUGACCCCAGAUUCCGUAUGCAGGUCAUGCUGGACGGCAGGUUGUUUCCUGUUGCUGAGGCAUCUAAUAAAAAGGUGGCUAAGAAAGAUGCUGCCGCAGCAACCCUGAGGAUUCUGCUGCGUGAGAUAGAGGGGGGAGGGGCUGAGGAGGGGCUCACUGCAGGGGUGGACCAGGCCAUGGACCCCACCUCUGACGUCCCUGAGGUAGUGGAGGGUCCGCCCCAGGCCCUGUCCCGUUCCCUGCCGGGGGGUAAGAACCCCGUGUCCAUGCUGAUGGAGUACAGUCAGCGCACUGGAAACCCCAUCGAGUUCAUCAACACUGGACAGGAGGGCCCACCUCACGACCCACGGUUCAUGUUCAGGGUGAAGAUAGGGGAAAGCCUGUGUGCUGAGAGCUCAGCGCCCAGUAAGAAGGCUGCCAGGCAGCUGGCUGCAGAGGAGGCAGUCAAGGAGUUAAUGGCCGACGGGAGACUGCAGCUCAACAAGCCCCAGUUUCCCCUGUGUCUGUCUGGUGAUGAAGGGGGCUUCAUGCCCGCUUGCCCCUCCCUGCCCCCGCUGACAGAGGAGGAGCUGCGUUCUGCCCACGAGGCGGGGGUUGGUGACCUCAUCAGCCACCUAAACAACAACGCCGUGUCAGGCCUGCUGGAGUACGCCCGGGCCAGGGGCUUCGCUGCAGAGAUACGACUGGUCGGGCAGUCAGGACCACCGCACGAGCCCAAGUUUACCUACCAGGCUAAGCUAGGGGGCCGCUGGUUCCCUCCUGUCUGUGCUUCCAAUAAGAAGCAAGGGAAACAGGAAGCAGCUGAUGCAGCUCUGAGGGUUCUGAUUGGAGAGGCAGAGAAGGCUGCCCGCACCGGGGAACUYACCCCUGCAGAGCUGCCACUGAGUGGUGGGACAAUCCAUGACCAGAUCGCCAUGUUGAGUCACCAGCGCUUCAACGCCCUCACCACACGCAUACAGCACAGUCUUCUGGGAAGGAAGAUCCUCGCCACCGUCGUCAUGAAGAGGGGGGAAGGGCUGGGGACCGUGGUCAGCCUGGGAACAGGAAAUCGCUGUGUUAAAGGGGAGGAGCUGAGUCUUAAAGGGGACACUGUUAAUGACUGCCACGCAGAAAUCAUCUCCAGGAGAGGAUUUAUCAGGUUUCUGUAUGCUGAGUUGCUGAAGCACUGUGAAGGAUCAGAGGACAGCAUAUUUGAGCCAGCUGAGGAGAACAAGCUCCGGAUCAAACCUGACACCACCUUCCAUCUCUAUAUCAG